AGACUUUGUCGUCUUAGCUCUUAGCAGCAUUUCUUUUAAAUGGUUCAUCUAAAUUCCUGAAUCAUCAUGUCAUUCCUUGGUAGAUCGAACGACUCAAGAACUCGUGCUUUCUUAAUUCGGCAUUCAUUUUACUACUUCAAGGUGAGAUUCUGGGACAGGGAAGCACGUACUCCUUUUGCUCGCUGAUUGUCACCCUUUUCUUUCUAUGAGAAGAAUCACCGCCUGCAUAAUUCUAGCUCGCUCUCAUUUCACUCCUUUAGCUCGUUUUUUCUGUUCCAGAACUCCUGCUUUGGGACCAUCACAAUCUUCAUGUGCUAGAAACAGGGAUGGAAAACACUCUCUUGCUACUUUCGGUAGUGGGCUUUUUGGUAAUUCGCCGUUGCUUCCCGAUGGGCUUCCGCGCCUGGAAGACUGCAGAAUCGAACUUGUGGAUAGCGAUUCUUGGAAGGUGUCCUCGGGAUUAGCAGAUGUGUGGAAGAACAAUGUGGAGAGGGGGUCAAAGGGGAGGGCUUUUUGUAUUGAUGAGGGAGGGGAUGAAGAAAAAAGGAUGGUGAAGUACGCCCCUCCGAAUAGAGAGGACCCCGGUUUUGACGAAAUUGAAGAAAUGAGGGUCCGCGGAAACCUGUUUUAUAAGCUGGAUCAAGAUUCCAAAGAAUAUGAAGAGUAUAAGUUUGACUUCCAUGGGAAGAGUAGACACAAAGGUGAUAAGAAAGCAAGUGCGAGAAAGAUGGCGAAUUCAUGUAGUGCUUUGCCCUCACGCAAUGAGAAAAGCAUCGGGUGUGUGAAAAGGGGGCACGAAAGUAAGAAGUAUGAACCUAGCUUGGUAGUUGCAAGGUCUCCGGUAUCAUCUGACAAGAGUAAUGCAAGAAAGAUGGCAAAUGCAUGUAGUUCUUCUCCUUCCCGCAAUGAGAAAAGCAUCGGGUUUGUGAAAAGGGGGCAAGAAAAUAAGAAGUAUGAACUAAGCUCGGUAGUCGCAAGGUCUCCGGGAUCAUUUGGCAAGAAAGAUCAUUCAGUUUGCCAUGUUCAAGAGUUGGGGCAUGAUCAAAGCAUUGAGUGUGGGAAAAAAUGGCAAGAAAAUAUAAACUAUGAACUAAGCUUGGGAGUCGCUUUGUCUCCCGGAUCAUCAUCUGGCAAGAAUAAUGCAAGAAAGAUGGAAAAUGCAUGUAAUGCUUCACCCUUGGGAAAUGAGAAGAAAAGCAUUGAGUGUGGGAAAAAAUGGCAAGGAAAUAAAGUGUAUGAACCGAGCCCGGUAGUCGCACGGUCCCCGGUAUCAUCUGACAAGAAUAAUGCAAGAGAGAUGGCAAAUGUAUGUAGUGCUUCACCCUUGGGAAAUGAGCAAAGCAUUGAGUGUGAGAAAAAUUGGAAAGAAAACAAAAAGUAUGAACUAAGCUCAGCAGUCGCUAGGUCUCCAGGAUCAUCAUCUGGCAAGAAAAGCCAUUCAGUUUGCCAUCUUCAAGAGUUGGAGCCUCCUGCAGUUGCCAAGACGAAAAGGACCCUAACUUUCAAUCAGGCCACAGCACCUUACCACGAGCCGUUCUGUUUGGACAUUUUUCUAUCCAAAGGGUCUGUACGAGCCAGCAUUAUCCAUCGCGCAACUAGCAAGGUUGUUGCCGUGGCACAUUCCAUUUCAAAGGACAUGAAAUGUGACCUGAGAUCGGCCAAGAACCGUGCUGCUUGUGCCGCUGCAGGGGAAGUGCUGGCUCAAAGAGCUUUGGCUGAUGAUAUCCACAAUGUGGUUUAUACGCCGAGGAAAGGGGAACGUUUGGAUGGGAAACUGCAGAUUGUAGUCCAAGCUAUUAUUGAUAGUGGCAUUGAUGUUAAGGUGAAAUUGAAACAGAGAAAGCCCAAGAAAGGCCACUUUAUCCCACGGAAAGCGCCGCGCUAAUCGUUGAAGUUCUGUGUUGUCUUCCCCGUUGGUAUACACUCACUUUUUCUCUGCAAGCUAAAAGAUUUUCUAGUAAAUUUAAGAUCAAAUA